CGUGCUCUGCGGCACAGGGGUCGAACCCGGAAGUUCCGUGACGAGUUCCAGGUGCCAACGAGUCCCGUUAGGUGCGGCGUGGAAUCUCAGGUCAUGGCUGCGCGCGGCCCGGCGCUCUGCCUGUUCGACGUGGACGGGACCCUGACGGCCCCGCGGCAGAAAAUUACCAAAGAAAUGGAUGACUUUCUACAAAAAUUGAGGCAGAAGGUCAAAAUCGGAGUAGUAGGCGGCUCGGACUUUGAGAAAGUACAGGAGCAGCUGGGAAGUGACGUGAUUGAAAAAUAUGAUUAUGUGUUUCCAGAAAAUGGUCUGGUAGCGUACAAAGGUGGGAGACUCUUGUGUAAACAGAAUAUUCAAGGUCACCUGGGUGAGGCCCUAAUCCAAGACUUAAUCAACUACUGCCUGAGCUACAUUGCGAAAAUUAAACUCCCGAGGAAGAGGGGGACUUUCAUUGAAUUCCGAAAUGGGAUGUUAAAUGUGUCCCCUAUUGGAAGAAGCUGCAGCCAAGAAGAACGCAUUGAGUUCUAUGAACUCGAUAAAAAAGAAAACAUAAGACAAAAAUUUGUUGCAGACCUGCAGAAGGAGUUUGCAGGAAAAGGCCUCACAUUCUCCAUAGGAGGCCAGAUCAGCUUUGAUGUCUUUCCUGAUGGAUGGGACAAGAGGUAUUGCCUGGGACAUGUGGAAAAUGACGGCUAUAAGACCAUUUAUUUCUUUGGAGACAAAACCAUGCCAGGUGGGAACGACCAUGAGAUCUUCACAGACCCAAGGACCGUGGGCUACACCGUGAGGACACCUGAGGACACCUGCAGGAUCUGCAAAGAGCUAUUUUCCUAACGUCCCCUGCCCAGGGGACCCGGGAGAAGGCCCAGCUUACGAGCUUGAUAGAGUUACUCCGUGUCCCAAAGCAAAUCUCUCCCUCACGUGCCUACAGGACAUUUACAGCCGUCCAACCCGGGACAGACGUUUAAAAACACUUCCUGAAAUGAAGCCCCUGCUGAGCACCAGCUUGGUGGGGGCAUUGUGGUCGUCAGGCUACAGUAUUAAGCUAAGUGACCACAUGCGCUCCAUAGAGAACCACAGACCUCAGCAUGGAUGGAUGGCCACGUGAACUGACCCCAAGGAGUUUGCACCUUAGCUGGCCUGGAACGCAGGUUAGCUCUGUAUCCACUACAUUGUCGAAGGGCUGGUUCUGUAAGAAUCAAGAUGGGAGGAAAUGGGCACAAACAGCCCCCAUGGAGAAUUGGCAGACAGCCCUCCCCCACCCCAACCCCCGUCUCAGAAACACUGACUUGGGGUGUCACACUUCACCAAAAGAGCCUUCCCCUUACUGGACCUGGCUGGGCUUCCCAAAGGCCUUACUUGCCUCCCAUUUCUCAGGGAUCAGGUGAAAGCCUGGAUAAUAACAGGAGGUUUUAGUUAAUAAGCGUGUUCACCCCGUCAUCCAGACUAACCGCAGGGCUGGGAGCAGCCGUGGUUGGGCCUGGGGCCCUCACUUCUCCCCACGCUUUCUGAGUUCCUGAAACAGCAGCUCCAGGCCCUUACGCAGAACACGACAGCUCUCCAGGGCAACGGUUCACCAGUCACUUGCAGCAUCUGGAAACGGCGGGACCCACAAACUCCACCAGUCUGGUGCUGGGGCAGGCUUCAGUCCACAGCGUGGCCUCUGCCAGGGCCUGGUCCUGGCUCUGGGUAAGGUUGGGUGAGGCCUGCCCACCCCCUUUACCACACACACGGUCACAUUUCUUCACGGUUCCCAGGAUGUGCCAUCGGUGGCAUCCUUGUUGAAUUUUGCAAAUGAUACUGUAAUGACUUUUCAAAAUGAAAAGUAGCAAUUUAAAGUGAUUCUGUCAUUUCCUA